GUACAAAGAAAGUUCGGGGCGGUUCGAGGUCCCGGCGUUACACACUCUGACUCUCCGCUCCGCAAUGAAUCAUUUCCCUCGUCAGCGGAGAGCAGCUCGCGAGCGCGAACAAGCGAACGAAUCGCAGUCGCUCGCCGCGCGCCUCUCUUUUCCUCCCUUCACAGCGGACGGCGCGGCACGUGAGCGCGCGCGAAGUGCUGAUGUCAGGGCUCCGGCGCGGCGUCGCGCGGCGGCGGGGCUGCGGGCUGCGCGCGACCUGGUCCCGCUCCAGCAGCAUCGCGCCCGCAUCCCUCUGACGGCGCGCGCUCGCUCGCUCGCUCCCUCCCUCGCUCGCUCGCGCAUCUUUGCUGCGCCCUCCAAGAAGAUGCGGCACACGGUCGCGCGCUGCUCCCUGCUGGCUUUCGCGCUGCUCUGCGCGGCUCCGGCGGUUCUCCCCAAGAAGGGCUUCAGAUGCCCGGCCGCGUGCUCGUGCUCCAAGGAGUCGAUGAUCUGCGUGGGGUCCUCCUCUAUUCCGCGGGUGGCCCCCGCCGAGAUCAACUCGCUGAGUAUUGUGAACGGGACCUUCCCGGAAAUCAAGGAGGCUAUGUUCUCCCACAUGCCAUCUUUGCAGCUACUGCUUCUUAAUUCAAAUUCCUUUACGGCCAUAAAAGAUGACGCAUUCGCCGGCCUUCCACACCUCGAAUAUUUAUUCAUUGAAAGCAACAAGAUCGAGACCACGACGAAACACGCGUUCCGGGGCCUCCGGGACCUGACCCACCUGUCUUUGGCAAACAAUAACCUGAAGGCCUUGCCAAGCGAUGUCUUCAAAGACCUCGACUCCCUGAUAGAGCUUGAUCUCCGUGGCAACGAGUUUGAGUGCGACUGCCGGGCCAAGUGGCUGAUGGGAUGGCUGAAGAGCACCAACGCCACGGUGUCGGAUGUCAUCUGCGCCGGCCCCGCCGUCAUGAAGGGCAAGAGGCUCAACGACCUGGCCAGCCUGCGCAACGAGUGCAUCUCCACAGACUUUGUCCUCCAUCAGUCACUGGCUUCCGAGUCCCUCUCCGUGGACGCUUUUACUUACAAGAAUGACAUCUACGUGGCAGUUGCUGCCCCCAACUCAGAGAGCUGCAUGAUCUUGCAGUGGGACCAUAUUGAGAUGAACUUCAGGACGUAUGACAACAUCACAGGGCAGUCCAUUGUUGGGUGCAAGUCUGUCUUGAUCGACAGCCAGGUGUUCGUCAUCGUGGCCCAGCUCUUCGGUGGCUCGCUUAUAUACAAGUUUGACGAAGACCAGAACAAGUUCAGCAAGUUUCAGGACAUUGAGGUGUCCAAGAUUUCCAAACCCAACGACAUCGAGACUUUCCAGAUUGCCGACGAGUGGUUCUUUGUGAUCGCCGACAGCUCCAAAGCGGGCCUGUCCACGCUUUACAAGUGGAACGACAACGGCUUCUACUCCCACCAGAACCUCCACGAAUGGUUCCGUGACACAGAUGCCGAGUUCGUCAACAUGGACGGGAAAGCCCACCUCAUCCUGGCCAGCCGAUCCCAAUCUCCGGUCAUCUACCAGUGGAACAAGGGUACCCAGCAGUUUGUGCUCCACAUCGAGGUCCCCAACAUGGAGGACGUGGUGUCUGUCAAGGCCUUCCGGAUCAAGGAGGAGCUCUACCUGGCUAUGACCCGCUACAUCGGAGACUCCAAAGUCCUCCGCUGGAGCGGCAGGCAGUUCACGGAGGUUCAGGCUCUACCUUCACGUGGCGCUAUGGUGAUGCAGCCCUUCUCCUUUAAGGGCCGGCACUACUUGGCUCUGGGCAGCGAUUACACCUUCUCGCAGAUCCACCUGUGGGACGCGGAGAGAAAGCUGUUCCACAGGUUCAAGGAGGUCUACAUCCAGGCACCGCGCUCCUUCACACCCGUGUCCACAGACCGCGAUGACUUCCUCUUGUCCUCCAGCUUCAAGGGCAACACGCAGAUCUUCAAGCACAUCAUCAUCGACCUGAGUUUGUGAAUGCAGGCCAGUCCCUCGGGCCUCAGGAGUCCUGCUGCAUGACGCUGGGAGAGAGAUGGGGAGGGGAACCGUGGGAAAAUAUAUUAUAAUCAGGUACCCGAUAACUUUCUCAACUCCUUUAAUGCAUUAAUUUCGUAUCACCAAUUCAUCUCCGCUGGAACUCCGCAAGCAUUUUUGAAAUGAGCAGGGAAACAGCCUAUAAUUUCGCAGCUACACAGAUUGUGCUACCGAGACAAAUAACACCUUGCGAGGCCGUUACUGUCAUUCAAAGACGUAAAUGAGAAAAGAAAAGGAAUGCCCGUGAGAUUCUGACUGACGCAUUUUAAUUUGCUUUUUGACUAGAGGAGGGUGCGGCUCCCAGUCCUCCUUUCUGUACCGUCUGCCGUGGAGUUGUAGUCGUUCCUGUUCGGAUGUUCUGAUCCGGAGAAGUGUCUCCCACCAUCGACCGAAUAUGGAAGAAAAUUGCUCGUGACAGGUAGUGCAUAAAACGACACCGAUUAGGACGUGUGUCACACAGGUUACAUAAAUGCGUCACAUCACGCGUUUAAUUUUUCGCGACCGUAUUUCGCACGUAUAAAGAAUGUUCCGUUCCUGCAUAGAGGUAAACUGAAGUAAUUUGGGUGUACUGCCCACCUGUGUUUAGAGGGUGCUUCAGAUGAAAUGCUAAGAUGUGUAGUUUGUCUAAUAAUGUUUUUGUAAAUAUUUUGUAAAUUCUGUAGAUUAUCCAGACAGGUGGAGAAUUUUACCACGUUUACCACAUCUUCUUUAAUCUCAAGCCAUCCUGCUAGAUACAAAAUGAUAACGCGGCCGGAAAAGGAAACGUUUACUUUUAAUAACCUAGAGCUUCAUUAAAAGCACAUUAUUACAUCGGUCAUUUUAUUGCUAACCUGCGAGUUCCGCUAAACAAUUUGAAUAUUUUACAUAACUCGGUAAUGAUAGUACCUAUAAUAGAAUUGUUCGGUUCACAUUAUGUUCUUCAAAUAGACCUAUUGCACAAUCAUUUGUUUCAUGCUAAAAGUGAGGUCUUUCAUGAAAAAAGUCCAUUAUCCAUGAUGUCCGAAACGAUUUCUAAUUGUAAAAUAUCGUUUCCGUGUUUUAGCGACGCCACAAAUUAAAAUCUCCAUGUGGAAAAGAAUAUUGCUGCUUGGAAGGGACUGCAAUUCAUGAUAAAAAACUGAAGUUUUAUACUACAUUAGUGCUUGCGAGAAUUCUCUGUUGACAACAGUAUGAUUGUUGCUGAUGCAGAAUAAAUUAAGAAUUAUGCAAUUAGUAUGACAUACUCUUUUGUAUCAUGAAAAAUAUAGUUUUGUGCAUCUCAGAUUUCAUCACAUGUUGUAAUCU